AUGCCCUCCCUCGCGCUCUCAGACGCGAGCACCGGCUCGUCCUCCGACAACGCGCCGGAGACACCGGACCACUCUCAGGUCCUCGCCACGCCCAUCGCCCGCCCGGAUUACAAGGGCAAGGCCCCGUUGAGGCCAAGGGUGUCCAAGCCGCUCCCGGCACCUCCCGUGCCUACGGAGACGCGCCAAAGAGCAUGGUCGACCUUCAUGCGCGUCGAGAUGCGCGUCUCUCUGCCGGGCGUACUGCAGACUCCGGGCGUACUGAAGAACAUGCUACACUUUCUGUCCUGGCACGACUUUCGCGCAGUGGCGCGCUCUUCUAAAGCUUGUCGCACACUAGUCAGGAAACCUGAGCUCGGGCACAUCAUACUCUCUCGCUUUGUCCCCAGCUAUCGAUACUGUCUCGAACACGCCGACACGAGCUCUCCCAGUUUCAGAAACGUGCCUUUCGCGUUUAGGGAUUUGGAUCUCUUCAUGACUUCCCAAAAUAUCCCACUGCACAAGUACCCGCGGCAUGCACUGUCCGUCCUGUCAGCAUUGUGGCCGACCGAACAGCAUAAUCGGAAAACGGAGUCCUGCAUGGAACUCUGUCUUUCGCAUUCGAGAACAGUCCUAUUGCUUCAAUCGCUCAUACACAGCUCACAAGCACACAUCGCCGACGAUUUCGAGGACUUCAGCUUCCGACCUCGCGCGACACCUUCACCGCGCGCUGUUCGCGAGCUCGUCUUCCCUGCUCCCUUGGCGUACUUUUCCGCGCCUGCGUCCGCAGCGUCCUCGGAAACAAAUAGUCUCGCUCCCAGCGUAGGCAAGAAUAGCACGAAGGGCGCAAAGCGUAGAGCCUCCAAGAUCUUCUCCCGGUCCGAGUCGCGCAGCAAACGCACAGUCGCCUCUCUUGACAUUCCUCGAGCACCGCCUACAAGGCCGAGCGCCUCGAGCAGGCCGGCCUCCAUCUUUGGCACGUUCACGUCUUCGGGCGUGCGCGUCCCUCCACCGCUUCCGUCAGAAGACACGUUGGGUCUGCGGAUUUACGCAGAAAGCUGGCGAUCGCAUAGGCGCCAGCAGCGACAGUCGGUUUCCGCUUCGAGCUCGCUUUCUGACGGCGAGUCGCUCUUCCGGCGUCCGCAGAGGCGCUUCGCGAGCUCAUCAUUGACGCGUUCGAGCGCGUCAUCUAUCGACGAGAGCCAGAGCCCGUCGCCUUCUCGCACGCGCAUCACUCAGUCGAGAACGCUGCCGACUGUCAGCAGCCCGCAUGACAUCCGUCUGGCUACAUCAAGAUUACGUGCGCCCGUCCUGCGCGUUUUUCAUCCGUGCACGGAGCUCGACGAUGCGGCGUUAACCGCGUGCGAGACGCAAUUGGUCGACAGCGGUCUAUGGGCGCAUCUCUCGACGGGCGACCUUGUGUGCAAUUUGGGAUACCUCCCGCCCGAAACGACAGAAACGGAAGAUGUCGUGACCGGGUCCGAAUCCGGCUCGGCGGGCUCGAGCUCGGUCGGUUCGACUGAGAGUCGCGAUGGGCUCUGGUUGCUGUUCGAUGGAACCGAGCUUGUGCCGUGGGACCCUACGACGCCAUUACCGCUUGGGGAUCCGCUCAGUUUACCGUCGCCGUUGUAUUACGCGCACGUGUUGCCGGCCGGUACUCCCUCACGUUUGACGCUCGCGCUCCCGCGCGCAGAACCGCAGUUUGCGUUGCAACGGUUGACGCUCGACGUGCCCAGCCCCAAUUCUCCGCGCGGGAUUGCGCGCACGCACCGCUUCGCGUGGCUCGCGACGCUUCCGCCGGCACACCGAGAGAAUCUUGGAGAGGGGUGGCAAGGGGAAUGGGUGCUCGAAGGGGAGGGUACGCCGGAGGGGAGGGCGCGACUGCUCGACGCCGUCUCGGGCGCCAUCAAUCGCGCGCAGGAGUGGGAGAUGGUGCCCGAGAAAACGACCGCGUCGCGCUUGUGGCUGAGGCUCGUAUCAUGA